GCGCUCCCAAAGUGAAGCCCCACCCCUCCCACUUCUGCUGAGGGAAAGAGACUGGAAGCCCAACAUAUUUUAUGACGAACUACAUUUUUUCUUUUUAGCAUAAAGCGUCUCUUUUAACUGCUUUUCAUCAACAUGUAACCCGAGGAUAUUGAUCUUGCGCACUCCUUCCUCCGUCAGCUGUACUUUGUUGAAAGCCAGGCCGAAGAAAAGAAAUGGAUUUGUGACCAGCACCCAGACAGAGGAGAAAGCACUGAGGAGGCUUCCCAUCAUAUAUUGCAGCUAAAGGAGCUAAAGGCUGGACAGGAAAAGAUAGCAGACAUAAAAGUCAUAAUGUCAGAGACACAGGAACAAGGAGCUCCAGGUACAGAGGGAAACGUGCCUGAGGUCACGGCAGGACACAUGCCCAGUAAUAGUCCACAGGUACAAGAUGCAGCAUCUGGGGCUGCACCUGCACCUUUGACCAUACAGCCUCCUCCUGUCACCACAGCAACUGAGGAUGAGGAUGAGAGUGAAGAUGAGUCUGAGAUCUUGGAGGAGAGUCCCUGUGGCCGCUGGCAGAAACGCAGAGAGGAGGUGAAUCAGCGUAAUGUCCCAGGGAUCGAUGCUGCGUACUUGGCCAUGGACACAGAGGAAGGUGUGGAGGUAGUUUGGAAUGAAGUCAUGAUCUCAGAAAGAAAGAACUUCAAACCGCUGGAGGAGAAAGUAAAGGCAGUAUUUGAUAAGCUGAUCCAUUUGGAACAUGCAAAUAUUGUCAAAUUCCACAAGUACUGGGCGGACACGAAGGAGAACCGGGCCAGGGUGAUUUUCAUCACUGAGUACAUGUCAUCAGGGAGUUUGAAGCAGUUUUUAAAAAAGACAAAGAAGAAUCACAAAACCAUGAAUGAAAAGGCUUGGAAGAGAUGGUGCACACAGAUCCUGUCUGCUCUCAGUUAUCUCCACUCAUGUGAUCCUCCCAUCAUCCACGGCAAUCUAACCUGCGACACCAUCUUCAUCCAACACAACGGGCUCAUCAAGAUCGGAUCAGUUGCUCCGGACACCAUCAACAGCCAUGUGAAGACGUGUCAUGAGGAGCAGAAGAACCUGCAUUUCUAUGCACCAGAAUAUGGAGCUGAUGAUGAUGUCACCACAGCUGUAGACAUCUACUCCUUUGGCAUGUGUGCCUUAGAGAUGGCGCUCUUGGAAAUCCAGGGGAAUGGAGAGUCCUCCUAUGUCUCUCAGGAGGCCAUCACCAAUGCCAUUCAGUUACUAGAGGACCCGCUGCAGAGGGAGUUAAUCCAGAAGUGCCUCGAGUGUGAUCCCAGUACGAGGCCUACAGCCAGAGAGAUGCUGUUUAAUCAGGCUUUGUUUGAAGUACCGCUGCUAAAACUGCUGGCUGCACAUUGUAUUGUCAGCCACCAACACAUGAUUCCUGAGAAUGCCCUGCAGGAGAUAACCAAGAACCUGGACCCCAACCUAGUCAUCGCUGAGACAAGAGAGGACGUUCAGCUUAAGCUUUCACAGUUUCCUGCUUUAGAGCUUGAUAAAUUCCUUGAGGAUGUGAGGAAUGGUAUUUAUCCAAUGACAGCGUUCGGGCUGCCCUGUUCUCAGCAGCCUCAACCUGAGACUGUACAAUCUCCCGUUGUUGUCCCCUUGGUCAAAUCCCCGACUCCUGAACCUGCAGAGCUGGAGACACGACGGGUGGUUCAUAUGCAGUGUAAUGUUGAGUCAGUGGAGGAGGGAGCCAAGUUUCAUUUAACGUUACUGCUGAAACUGGAGGAUAAACUGAAUAGACAUCUAAGCUGUGACAUGUUACCUCAUGAAAAUGUUCAAGAGUUGGCUGAAGAGCUGGUGGAGCUGGGCUUAAUCAGUGAGGUGGACCAAAACAAAGUAUCCUCUCUACUGGAAGAAACAUUCAGCCAAGCUCUAGCAACGCUACCCUCGACCGUGUAACCCCCUCCUCAAAAAUACACUCUUUCAACGCUGUUACAUGUUGUAUUAGGUUACUGAACACAGUAACUUUAUUUAAUGCCUUUUUAUGUAUUUUCUACUAAGCCUUAGGAGGAAAUGUGACCAAAAGAGUGAGUAUUUCCCUCUGCUCUGAUUAAAACUUCCUAAAAGCGCACAAAACUUCAUCAUUAAGCCACUUUUAGAGCCCGGGGGAGUCUUACGAAGUCACCUGGAGUGACUUCACAUUUUUAUUUCAAAGGUCAAAGCAUAAAUGUAAAGUGUGUUUUAUGUGUGGUAUUCUUCUCAAGGAGUUGGCAUCUAAGUUUGCUUUUAAGUUAAAUUAAAAGGUAAACCUCAUUAAUGCUGCAAGAGACACUUGAUCACCACAAUACUGACAGGGUUACUUGCAGCUUUAUGUUAAAGCCUACUUUUUCUCAAGGGUACAGUUAUAUUUAAGUGUGGUGUAUUUACAUUGAUUAACAUUAUAAUGGUCCGUGUCUAUAAACAUAAACAACCUGAGUUCACUUCACUGGAGUUACACCACAGUCAAACUCGAUGUUAUAAUGGUGGAGUCCACACCAACAAAUCUACAGAUUUGCUCACAAUGAAAGGUUACAUUUCUAUCUAAAAGAUAUUUCCAAAAUAAGAAAAUACGUUGUUUUUUUUCUGGGUCCAUAUGUCAUGUGCUUAUACCUCUUAAAUGACUCUAUUUUAUUUCAUGUCAAACGAGAGAAAUGUCCCAGCCCUCUGGCUUUUGUGAUGACCAAUCUGUCAGCCAUCAGAUUCAAUACAUGCAAAAGGUUGGAAGCCUGAAUGGUUACUUUCUCACUUUAGUUUGUAAUUGACAAAUACCCCUGACUUAAAACUUUAAAAGGCCUUUGACACAGAAUGUGUGUUCACCAGUGCCUGUCACAUAUUUUGGGAGGCAUCACUCCAAUUGUAUCUGGAAAGAAUAGAUAUUUGGUUACUUUAGGUACUGUGAACAUGGUGUUACUGAAUUUCUGUUAGUGUGAAUUUUUAUUUUAUUUUAUUUUUUCUCCUCUAAUUGCUUCAUGCUAGACCUAUAGACCCAGCGCAUGCCUUUAAAGUCCUCUUGUCUAAGUUUGUUAUAGUUAUGUCAUUCGUUGUUUUGAUGUUUGCUGCUCGUUGGGUUCACACAUGCGUCUCUGCCUUUUAAAAUCCAUUCAUGUGGGAUUUGUGUACUGAACUUGGCUGCCAUAAUGCUGUAGGAAGAGGACCUGCCCUGGUGAAUAUUUUAUUUAUGUCAUAGAUGCUGUAUAUAAUGUCUUUUUCUUGACCAUUUCUUUUUCAUUUCAGUCAGAGACCAUAUGGAUGAGAGUCUUAGCCAACACAUGUUUUUUUUUUCUUUUCUACGGUUUUUCUUUUGAUCAACUCUUGAUAGACCUGAAACUAAGUGGGUUGACAUCACCCUUCACUGACUGAAGCAUCCCCUCAACUUAAACACAGUGUUUUGCAUCAUAUAUGGCUUGUUAAGACCUGUAUUUAGAUCAGGGAGUUGCCUGUGGCCUUUUUGUGACAUUUUGGCUCAGAACUCAGAACUCUUUGUUAUUUUCAUCUGGUACUACUGUGUCUAAAAAGCUCAUACAGUUCAGGACAUGAAAACAAGCAGAAAGAAUGCAAAGAAAAUAUCGCACAUGAGGUACAAUUUAAAGCAAUACAUUACAUUUUUAAUUAUUACUACUUUGAGGUGUCUUCUAAAUACAAUCCCAAUGUCAUUGAACUAAUAUUGCAUGAGCAUGCAUGCAAUAUUAGUUAAUGUUGAAUUAUUACGGUCACUCCAGUCAUAUAUAUUUAGGCCACUACUGUACUUCAAUCUGCCUUUUUUUCACUUUUGCUUCAUGUAUUACCUGUAGUCAUUGAUGAUGUAUUGUUUAUAUUAUUGGGGCUUUGCUUGAAUGUCUAUUUGUGAACUGCUAUGAUUGUAUAUUCCAAAGAUAUGUUUUAGAGUCAGCCAUGAGAAUGUAAAAUCAUCACUUCUUGUAUAGAGAAGUGGUAACAAAUGUGAUCACCAGAGCAGCUUUAUACAUCUCCCCCCCUCUUUCUCUCUCACUUUCUCUCUCUCUCUCUCUCUCUUUCCCUCUCUCUCUCUCUUCCACCCAAAGUAUUGGUGGUGAUGAAACCGGUUAUUAAAUAAUCAUAACGGGUGUGCAGCCUUAGCCUGUCAUUCAAAGAUGUGAGCCAAUGGUUAAAUAUGGAAAGUCUAUAUUUUGUAAAUGUGCGAAUGUCAGUAAACAUGUGUGUAUUUUCUCAAACUUGUAAUCUGACAAAAUCAGCAAAGUAUGAAAGUUCUUUCAAAUAAAUGUCUGAAAUAUAA